GGAUCCCACCAGGGCCCUGUAUUACAGUUAAUCGUCACGUCUCCUUAGGCUCCUCUUGACUGUGACAGUUUCUCAGACUUCCCUUGUUUUGAUGACCUUGGCAGUUUUGAGGAGAAUUUGAUCAGAAAAUGACUGCAGUAUUGGAAGAUCAUUACUAUUGGAAGACCAAUUAGCAUCCAUUUCAUAAGAGAAGCUUGACCACCAUUUGCUCUGGCAUGGCGCAAAACAGUCCACAGCUUGAUAUGCAGGUUCUCCAUGACCUCCGACAACGUUUCCCUGAGAUUCCGGAGGGUGUGGUGUCUCAGUGCAUGUUACAGAACAACAACAAUCUUGAAGCCUGUUGCCGCGCGCUUUCCCAGGAGAGUAGCAAAUACUUAUAUAUGGAAUACCACAGUCCAGAUGACAACAGGAUGAAUAGAAAUCGCCUUUUGCAUAUUAACCUGGGUAUUCAUUCUCCUAGUAGCUACCACCCAGGAGAUGGAGUGCAACUUAACGGUGGUCGAACACUGGUACAUAGCUCAAGCGAUGGACAUAUUGAUCCACAGCAUGCAGCAGGCAAACAGCUGAUAUGUUUAGUUCAGGAACCACACUCAGCUCCAGCUGUUGUCGCUGCUACUCCCAACUACAAUCCAUUUUUUAUGAAUGAACAGAACAGAAGUGCAGCUACUCCUCCUUCACAGCCACCUCAACAGCCAUCUUCCAUUCAAACAGGAAUGAAUCCAUCUGCUAUGCAAGGGCCUUCACCACCACCACCGCCACCUCCUUCAUACAUGCACAUACCUCGGUAUAGUACAAAUCCAAUUACUGUUACAGUAUCCCAGAACCUCCCUUCUGGACAGACUGUACCAAGAGCUUUACAAAUUCUUCCACAAAUUCCAAGCAAUCUUUAUGGGUCUCCUGGUUCUAUCUAUAUUAGACAGACAUCUCAGAGUUCAUCAGGAAGACAAACUCCUCAGAGUACGCCAUGGCAGUCCUCACCACAGGGCCCAGUGCCUCAUUAUAGCCAGCGUCCUUUACCUGUUUAUCCGCAUCAACAGAACUAUCAACCUUCUCAGUAUUCUCCCAAACAACAGCAGAUCCCUCAACCUGCUUACCAUUCACCACCACCUUCUCAAUGUCCUUCACCCUUCAGCUCUCCACAGCAUCAAGUACAGCCAUCCCAGUUGGGCCACCCUAGUUCCCAUGUCUUUAUGCCACCUAGUCCUUCAACUACUCCACCCCAUCCAUAUCAACAAGGACCUCCUAGCUAUCAGAAACAGGGAAGUCAUUCAGUAGCCUAUCUCCCAUAUACACCAUCUAGCUUACCCAAAGGAUCCAUGAAGAAGAUAGAAAUUACAGUCGAACCCUCUCAGAGAUCUGGGACAGCAAUUAAUAGGAGUCCUUCACCUAUCAGUAAUCAGCCAUCUCCACGGAAUCAGCACUCAUUGUACACAGCCACCACGCCACCUUCAAGUUCUCCUUCAAGAGGGAUAUCCAGUCAACCAAAACCUCCAUUUAGUGUCAAUCCUGUGUAUAUUACAUAUACACAGCCAACUGGACCUUCUUGCGCUCCAUCACCAUCUCCUCGGAUGAUACCAAACCCAACUACAGUUUUUAAAAUUACUGUAGGCCGAGCAACAACUGAAAAUCUUUUAAAUUUAGUGGACCAAGAAGAACGUUCUGCAGCCCCAGAACCUAUUCAGCCCAUUUCAGUGAUACCAGGCUCUGGGGGAGAAAAGGGAAGCCAUAAAUAUCAGAGAAGUUCUAGUUCUGGAUCAGAUGACUACGCCUAUACACAAGCCUUGCUGUUACAUCAGCGAGCAAGGAUGGAGAGGUUAGCAAAGCAAUUGAAACUUGAGAAAGAGGAGCUAGAGCAAUUGAAGGCUGAAGUUAACAGUAUGGAGCAUGACCUGAUGCAGAGACGGCUCAGAAGGGUCAGCUGCACCACUGCGAUCCCAACGCCUGAGGAAAUGACAAGAUUGAGAAGCAUGAACAGACAACUCCAGAUAAAUGUUGACUGUACACUGAAAGAAGUUGACCUCCUUCAAUCUAGAGGUAACUUUGAUCCAAAAGCUAUGAAUAAUUUUUAUGACAACAUAGAACCUGGUCCAGUUGUACCACCCAAGCCACCUAAAAAAGACUCAUCAGACACCUGCACAGUUGAGAGGAAAGCCCGAAGAAUUAGCGUGACCUCCAGAGUACAGGAGGACAUCCAUGACACCCAGGCAGCAGCUGCAGAUGAGCAUCCAAGUAGCUCCAAACAGAGUCCUCGGACACAACCCCGAGAUGAAGACUAUGAAGGGGCUCCAUGGAAUUGUGAUAGCUGCACCUUUCUGAACCACCCCGCACUAAAUCGCUGUGAGCAGUGUGAGAUGCCACGGUACACUUGAAUUCCCAAGAGUCUGCACUAGGUUGAGAGUGAAGCUUUGAGCGCCCAUUAGAA